GCCGGGAGCGGUGGCCCGGGGGGUGCCGGUGGAGCCGCUACGUCCCCGUACCGCCGAUCCCGGCCUCUCCCGGCCCUUCCCGGCCGGCGCUGCCCCGCAUCCAGGGGCGGAACCUUCGCGCGGGCCGCCGCCGCCCGGAACCUUUGGGCGGGGCGGCGAGCGCCGCACGGACGGCGGAAGCGCCGGACGCGCCGCCGCCGGGCCCUCGGUGCUGCCGCCGGCUCCGGCCCCGCCGCUCCCUCCCGCUCCUCCUCCUCCUCCUCGCCUUCCUCCUCCUCCUGCUGCCGCGGGUCCCGCCCCGUGUCCCGGAGAGCCGCCGCACGGGCAGGGAGGAGGAUGGUGCACGCCGAGGCCUUUUCGCGGCCCCUGAGCCGUAACGAGGUGGUGGGGCUGAUCUUCCGCCUCACCAUCUUCGGGGCCGUCACCUACUUCACCAUCAAGUGGAUGGUGGAUGCCAUCGACCCCACCAGGAAGCAGAAGGUGGAAGCUCAGAAGCAGGCUGAAAAGCUGAUGAAGCAGAUAGGAGUGAAGAAUGUCAAGCUGACUGAGUAUGAGAUGAGCAUUGCUGCCCACCUGGUGGACCCACUCAGCAUGCAUGUCACCUGGAGUGAUAUUGCAGGCUUAGAUGAUGUCAUCACAGAUUUGAAAGACACUGUCAUUUUGCCCAUCAAGAAGAAAUAUUUGUUUGAGAAUUCCAGGCUCUUGCAGCCCCCAAAAGGAGUUCUUCUCUAUGGCCCCCCUGGAUGUGGGAAAACCCUGAUUGCCAAAGCUACUGCCAAGGAAGCUGGCUGUAGGUUCAUCAACCUCCAGCCCUCCACGCUGACAGAUAAAUGGUAUGGAGAAUCCCAAAAGCUGGCUGCUGCUGUCUUCUCCCUGGCCAUAAAGCUCCAGCCAUCCAUCAUUUUUAUUGAUGAAAUAGAUUCCUUCCUGCGGAACCGAUCCAGCACCGACCACGAGGCCACAGCCAUGAUGAAAGCCCAGUUCAUGAGCCUGUGGGAUGGGCUGGACACUGACUACAACUGCCAGGUGAUUGUGAUGGGAGCCACCAACAGGCCCCAGGACCUGGACUCUGCCAUCAUGAGGAGGAUGCCCACGCGCUUCCACAUCAACCAACCUGCUCUGAAGCAAAGAGAGGCAAUCUUGAAGCUGAUUUUGAAGAAUGAAAAUGUGGACAGCCACGUGGACCUGCUGCAGGUGGCCAAGGAGACGGACGGCUUCUCGGGCAGCGACCUGAAGGAGAUGUGCCGGGACGCGGCGCUGCUCUGCGUGCGGGAGUACGUCAACAACGCCUGCGAGGAGGACGUCCACGAUGAAGAUGAGAUCCGGCCCGUGCAGCAGCAGGACCUCCACAGGGCCAUCGAGAAGAUGAGGAAAUCCAAGGAUGUCUCCAUGCAGAACCUGGCCAUGGAGAUCGUGUUUGACUAAGAGAAAAGAGUGUGUUUGCAGUUCCUGAUGUGAUUUAGUUUGACUUCUGUAAUCAGUUAGCAAAACCAGUGUCAGGGGGUGGGAGCAGGGGUGGCAAAGGGAGUUGUGUUCCUGGAAUCGUUUUUAUACAACAACAACCUCUUAAGUUAUUGCAAUUCCAAGUGGAAGUGGAAGCACAGAUCAUGAGUGGAACAAUUCAGCCCAGACCAAGAGCGAGUGCCUGCGUGUUGUCCCAGGGAUCCCCUGGAGCCUUCCAGCAGGAGUGGGUGGUCCCAGGGCCAGGGGCAGGACCUGGCACGGGCUGUGUGUGUACAGAUGGGUGUGUGAGUGCAGGACCUGUACAUAGCCACACUUUUUUUUAUAUAUAGACAUAAUCUGUAGAUAACUUGAGUAUGGAAAAUCUUUUCUACUUCCUGAAGCAAACCAAAUGAGAAGCUGUGUAGGGGAAAGAUUCCUCAAUACUCAGUUCACUUCUACCUUUUAGCAGCAAAUGCCAGGAUAGAAACUGCUCCUAGAACAAAGCAACAUUUGAAAUGCUACUGAUUUUUCUUCCACAUGACCACUUGAAAUCUGGUGCCAUUUAGUCAGGAUAGUAAACUACUCUGUAAGAAUGUUUGAAUACUUUUAAUUUUUUUAUGAAUUCUGCUUUUGAAGGCUUUUUAAAUGAAGGCUGAUUUUAUUUUUGGUUUUCCCUUGCUGCGAGCAGUUAGAGUAGAAUCCCACGUGCUCUUUCCUAAAGCCCCACGUCCUCUGAGCUCCUGUGCACUGUCCCAAGGACUUGCUUCUCCCUCGGCCUCUGCGAGCCCCACUGUGGCACCAUCCCCUGAAGUGUCACAGCCCUGAGGCACAGGGGGACACUGUGUGAUGUUUGACUCUGUCCCAUGCUCAGAUCUGUGAAUUUAAAGAGGAGGAAAUGGGUUUUGGGCUUAUUGAUGUGGUUUAGCAACGUGCUGUCCUUGCUGGUACCAGUUCUGGUGAAUUCUUGUAACGUUCUGUUGAUAAAGGCCAAGGGUUACAAAUGUGAGUGGCAAAAAUUUUUUUUUCUUUUUUAGUGAAGUUAUUGUCAGAGAUAGUCAAGGACUUGAGGUUUUUCAUAUAAUGCUGUGAACUGUGCACUAAUUGACCCCAAAUCUGUAAAGGGAAUUAAAUGUUCAAAGCCCAGGGGUGAGACACUGUGUCACAGCUCUGCUGCCUGUGAGGGGACGGAGACAGUGGAGGCACAGAAUGAUGUAAAACCAAAUGCACUGCAAAGGAAAAUAAAGUGAAAUAAGGAGGGCUGGAGCCCUGCCAUGA